AUGCCGAUAGGUCAAGUUUUCCUGCAGAUCCAGGAUGAGCCAUAUCUGAAGUGGCCACCGAAGUUGAAGUCAGAUCCGACAAGGAGACCUCGUGAUAAGUAUUACAGGUUCCAUAAAGACCAUGUGCACACUACAGAUGAUUGUUUCGACCUUAAGGAUCAGAUUGAGACUCUGAUCCGAAGGGGGCAUAUGCGAAAGUUUAUUGUGGGGAAUGACAGAACCGACAUUAACCCACUAAGAGCAGGCCGAGACAACCACCCUCCUGAUCAACAACCAAAAGGAGAGAUUAGGGUCAUAGCCGGGGGGUGUGCAAGAGGUGGAGAAUUGAGCUCAGCCUGUAAGGCCUAUGCCAGGAGAAUGCGAAGCUCAUCUGAGGUGUGCGAAGUAGGAGUACAGAUUCAACAUCGAAAGAUGCCUCGUUUAGGUGAUCCAGUUAUUACAUUCUUAGAUGAAGACAUGAAGGAUGUGCAGCAACCUCAUGACGACCCUCUUGUCGUCAACAUGAUGAUCGCUAACUAUAAUACUCAGCGAAUCUUAGUAGAUAAUGAAAGUUCAGCUGAUAUCAUUUUUCUUGAUGCAUUCAGCAAGAUGAAGAUUGGUAAGGAGAAACUCAGACCUACUAGAUCACCAUUGGUGGGAUUUACGGGAGACAAGGUCUAUCCUCUAGGAGCAGUCAUCCUUCCUGUCACUGCAGGAACCAGCCUAAAACAAGUCACUGUCAUGGUAAACUUCCUGGUGGUGGAUUGUCCAUCUGCUUACAAUGUCAUCCUAGGAAGAGCGACCUUAAAUUCGAUGAGGGCCAUCACUUCGACUUAUCACCUAUUAAUGUGCUUCCCUACCGAGCAUGGCGUGGGCGAACUAAGAGGAGAUCAGUCCAUUGCCAGAGAAUGCUAUGUUGCCUCUCUCAAAGAAAAGAGGCAGUAG